AAUGUUUACUUGGUUCACUUACUAAAAAUACGCCUUGACCCACGACUAGACUAUUCACUAGAGUCUAGAUUUAUUUGAAGUUGACAGGGAAAAUACGCCUGCUGUUAAGCUCUGUUACCUUUUUUAUAAGGAAAGUAUUAAAAUGUCUGCACCUGUCCAGGGCAUGGGCCAAAUGUCAGCAGCUUCUGUAAUGCAUCAUCCUCCUGGGAUGAUUCCCUCUAAUCCUCAAGCUAUUCAGCCUCCACCAACAGUUGAAACUGAUCCCAUAGCCAAAUUUAAAACCUUACUCCCAAAGUUAAAGGAAACAUUGGUGAACUUGUUUAAAACUGGAGGUCAUCUCUUUUAUCAAAAUGCCAGUCAAGAUGAAACAGGUGCACAGCUAGACAAUGUCACAGGGCGAUUUGAAAAAUGUCUGGAAGAAUUCUAUGCUUUAUGUGACCAAGUUGAAAUGUAUUUGAAAUUAGCUCAAGAAGUAAUUCAACAAGAUAAGGACAGUAGCAGAAACACACCUAAUUUGAUUCUACCACAGAAGGGUGACAUCUCUCAGCCAGAAGGCCAACUCUACUCUCAAUACCUCUCCACUGUCAGAGCUCAAAUAAGUUGUGCUAAAGAUAUCAGAGAUUUAUUGCAUGACUGUCUGAAAAAUUUUCAUGAACAUUUGCAUCCAUAGAUGCAAUGGAUAUUCUUAUACAUAUAAAUAGUGUAAAUAGCUGAAUAAAAUACAUUGUUUCUU